UCCAGAGAGCCUGGUAGAGAAGGAGCACCAGCUGAGCACCAUGAUCACUCAGCUGAUCAGUCUGAGAGAGCAGCUCCUGGCCGCUCACGAUGAGCAGAAGAAGCUGGCUGCCUCACAGAUGGAGAAACAGCGACAGCAAAUGGAGCUGGCCCGCCAGCAACAGGAACAGUAUUAUGAAGAAGGGUGUUCCAUGAUUGCCAGACAACAGCAGCAGCUUCUGCAGCAGCAGCACAAAAUCAAUAUCCUCCAGCAGCAGAUUCAGGUCCAGGGUCACAUGCCUCCGCUCAUGAUUCCCAUUUUUCCACACGACCAACGCACCCUGGCAGCUGCUGCCGCCGCCCAGCAGGGCUUUCUCUUCCCACCGGGAAUCUCUUACAAGCCAGGUGACAACUACCCGGUGCAGUUCAUUCCAUCCACAAUGGCAGCUGCGGCAGCGUCAGGACUCAGCCCCCUCCAGCUUCAGCAACUGUAUGCCGCCCAGCUUGCCAGCAUGCAGGUCUCUCCUGGAGCCAAAAUGCCGCCACUCCCCCAGCCUCCCAACAACAGCGGGCCCAUCUCUCCCUCCGGCCUGAAGAACGACAAGAGAUCCUCCAGCCCUAUCACUCAAGUCAAGGAGGAGGGAACGCAGCCUCUCAACCUGUCCGCCCGGCCCAAGACGGCAGAGCUGGUCAAGUCCCCCACGUCCCCCACACACAGCCUGUUCACAGGCAGCAAGACCAGCCCCAACAGCCUGUCCAAGAGCGGCAUCCCCAGUCCCCUCGGAGGCAUGGGCCGUGGGUCUUCUCUGGACAUCCUGUCCAGCCUGAACUCCACAGCGCUGUUCGGGGACCAGGAUGCGGUGAUGAAGGCCAUCCAGGAGGCCAGGAAGAUGAGAGAACAGAUCCAGAGAGAGCAGCUGCAGCACCACCAGCAGGGCAUGGAGGCCAAGCUCUCUGCCCUCACAGGCAUGGGCCUCAACAACUGCAGCAGGGCUGACAAGAGCUGGUUCACUGAGUACAUUGAGCGGGCACACUUUGAGAGCCUUGGUCACCAUCUUAGCAAACUGGGAGAGGAUGGCAAAAUUGGCCACAGAGUCAUCGACCUCACCAGGCCAGAGGAUCUGGAUGGGUGGAAAGCUCUGAAUGGCUCUGGUACCGGAGCAGAUAAACCACAACAGUAUUAUUGUUGGCCUACAGGAGGUGCCAGCACAGCCGAGGCACGGGUCUACAGAGAAGCCCGGGGGAGGAACAGCAACGAGCCCCACAUCAAGAGACCCAUGAACGCCUUCAUGGUGUGGGCCAAAGAUGAGCGCCGCAAGAUCCUCCAAGCCUUCCCAGACAUGCACAACUCCAACAUCAGCAAGAUCCUGGGCUCUCGCUGGAAGUCUAUGACCAACCAGGAGAAGCAGCCGUUCUAUGAGGAGCAGGCCCGUCUCAGUAAGAUCCACCUGGAGAAGUACCCCAACUACAAGUACAAGCCCCGGCCCAAGAGGACCUGCAUCAUCGACGGGAAGAAGCUCCGCAUCGGCGAGUACAAGCAGAUGAUGCGCUCGCGACGGCAAGAGAUGAGGCAGUUCUUCACUGUGGGGCAACAACCGCAAAUCCCCAUCAGCACCAACGCCGGCGUGGUCUACCCUGGGGCCAUAACCAUGGCAACGACCACACCCUCCCCUCACAUGACGUCGGAGUGCUCCAGCGCCUCAGCAAGUCCGGAGCCGGCCAUUCCCGUCAUCCAGAGCACCUACAACAUGAAGAUAGAGCCCAGUGCCAUGUUAACCAACGUCCCCAUCAUCAACGGAGAGGUAGAUGAGAUGGACAUGUACGAGGACUUUGACGAGGAGCCCAAAUCGGACUACAGCAGUGAGACUGAGACACUGGAGCCCAUCGUCAGCGCCAACUGAGGCCAACACACGAGCCGAGACAUACACACAUUCGCACUGGAGAACCAUCCCCAGGGCGGAAGACUGACUGAAGGAGGAGAAACAGAAGAACAAAAAAAUACAGAACAAAAGUAAAUGGUUCUGUUGAUGCAUCAUUUAGGAGCCUGCAUGCAUAUGUGGCUCCGUCAGAAUCAACAGCUAAAGGUCUUAAAUGUUUCUUACAGUGUGUGAAGCAGUUUGGUUUAGUUCAUUUUGUUUUUUAUUAUCUCAUCGUUUAUUUUUUGUGUUUUCUUCAUGGACAUUUACACAAUUAGGUUAUUGCCUAUACAACUUUGGAUGACAGGACUUGAAAUGUACCGUUUGAUAUGAAUCCAUAAUUCUUACAGUCUUACUUUUUUUCUUAUGGUACACAUUUUUUUUUCUCUUCAGUUAAAUGCUUUUAAUAGAUUUCAUUACUGUUUUUGAUGGGAGUUAUAUAUUCUCACUCAGGUAUGCUGUGCCAGCCAACAGCUUGUGAAUGUUUUAAAUCUGAAUUUAUUUGAAACUAUUUAGAAAACAAAAUAUUUGGAAAUUCAUAUUAACUAAAAACAAACUAACAGAACAAUUCCACAAUUCUGAGACAUAAUCAGACUCCCUUAUUAUUAAUUGUAUUAGUAUUAUUAUUAGAAUAAUUAUUAUUGGUAUUAUUAACAUACUGUACAAUUUUGUGCAGAUGUGCCAAACAUUUCAAGGGUUCUUUCUCUUAAAUAAUUAGUUUGAGUCUCGAGGGAGAGACUUGAGUCUAAGACAAUCUGUUAAUAUCUUAGUGCGGCUUCAAAAUGCAGUUUCUUUAUAUACCUUCUGUAUUGAAACACUCAGGAAUCUGGAGACAGUGUGCCGUGUCUAGGGCAGGAACAGGAAGUGAUGCAAUAGCUUCAGGUGUGGUUGUUCAUAAUGGCAGCUGUUCUCCAUAGAGACCAAUGCGGUGACCAACAGGACCUUCUCUCCCUGUCCCUCUCCAGCUCAUGUCACCAGCCCAGUCUAACACAGAGCACUAUAACACUCCCCUCACACUCUCUGCUCAUUCUUCAACUCAGUCUUACCAAGUUCUUAAUCAGAGUGAUUGUAAUCAGGCCAGAAUUCCAAGGGGCCAAAGGCAUCCAAUCUGUGGGAUUGGAAAGGCAGCAAAAGGCAGCUUUGGGGGCAUUAUAAUCACAAAUUGCUGUUUUACAAUGUGUAGCUACAGUACAUUUGGUUGAACACUUUAGCCCCUACUGGGGCGGCAAGUUUUAAAGUCUUUGAUCUUACUUUUUUGUUGUUGUUAAAUCUUAAGUAUUUUUUCGACAUUGUAAAUCUUAAAUUGACACGGGAAGGUCUUAAAGCAGAGUUAACUACUGCAGCAGUCUUAAGAGAAGAGGCCGUGUGUGAGGGAAUAACAUCAUGCUUUUAUUAAAGGAGGGUUACAGACAAGGUAUUACAUUCUAACGAGUCAUAUUAAACACAAAAGUAUUUCAUUCAUAAGCCACACCAGAUCUGAGAUGGUGAUUCUCUACAUUCAUGCACUUAGAUAUGAACACUUACUACUUCAUUUUUCAACCAAGUUAAUAUUUUAUAUUGAACAAAAUUUGUGUUGUUUUAUAAUGACCAGUUGCCUAUUUUACAUAAAGUUAAACUUCAUUAUUUUAGAGCAAUUGAAAAUGCACUUCUGUAUUUUAUUUACAUACAGACAAUGAAUAUGACAUAUAACACAAUCAAUCAGCUCUUAAUGUUGUGACAAUCAGUCACAAACUGAAAGUCCUUUACCUCUUGAAUGGUUCUUCUACUAGUUGAACAGAUCCCAGGUUGUUACCUAUGGAGAAACAGCUAGAGAUGGCCAGCAGUCAAGGUCUUACUGUCCAUAAUACAGCCCUCCUACAGGCCAGAAGGACUAAGUACCUCCCUCUCUGCCCUGCCCCUGCCCCUGCCCUGUCUCGACCCCUGCCCAUGGCAACCCCCACACCCAGGGGGUGCCAUCUGGAGUGGCAGGCAGUGCGAGGCUGGGGAGAGGAGAGAGGGAGAACAAUAAGGACGGGGCACGUAGCGCUUAUUGUGCUCUCCAUCAAAGCACAGACAGUGGGGCCUCCAUCCUGGCUCCCACCCUGGCUCCCACCCUGGCCCAGCCACUAGGCGCUGGCGAGCAGAUGGAACAAGUACAUCAAGCUGUGGGGGAUUAUUAAAAUGACUGACGAGUGGAUAUCAUCUCAAAUGCAGCAUUAUUAAUGCAUGAGCCCGGCUAUUCUCCUCCGUGCCCUUGAACCUGUCCAUUUCAGACCAAGCCCAGAGGUUUAAAAUGAUCUAAAUGGCUGGUCACCAGCGCUGGCUGUCUACAUGGCCAGGACUCCCUCCUACUGCUGGUCACUGCAUUACUCUCCCAGGUCUAAUUGAUACAGAUGGCUCUUUAGUACUUUUAAUUUUUCUCGACCCAUUCAGAGCUGGCUUUUAUUGUGUUGUGUCCACGUUUGAAAGCAUUUAUCUUAAGUCUUAGAAGUUUUUAAGCACCUCAUUAUUCAUUUCCAUUUCGGUUUCUUUUUCUUUUUUUGGUUGGUUGGAUUCUUUGUUGCUAUUGUUGUUUUAAGGUACAAUGCUUUUUUCUAGGAUUUCCUCCCAAACACAAACCUAAACGGAUUUCCCUCCAGGUCCACAUGUCUAGGUUUUUAAGCUGUUACUUCUGUUUGCUGGUUGAUUGGUUGAUUUGUACGUGAUUUGUACAUAUUUCUAUGUCCAUGCCAAACCAAUUCAGUGGGCUGGUAGUUACAAAAGGACUGUUGAUAGGACUGAAACUUGACUGCGCUUGUAUAACAAAAAAAAUACAAAAAACAUAUAUCUCGCAAGGAGUCAAAGUGUUAUAAGCACUGGAUAUAAAUUGUAUUUUUAUCAAUUCUGACUAAUGUGAAGCUGUUGUACCAGAAAAAAACCUGAAUGAACAAAAGUCACGACGACUUGGACUCGUGGGCUCGUUCUCACAGUUCCCAGAUUUGAAUAAUUUUUCAGUCUACUUGUUUUGUUUAUUUAUGCAAAGACAUGUGUAGUGAAUGAACACUUUGUCUAAGCUCCAGGGCCACCAAGGGGAGAGAGACAGCGCGCGAGAGAGACUGAGCAGUAAACUCAACAGAAGGCUUGCAUAGUAACUGGUUAGCUGAGAAACACCGGAUUUCAGACACGCAUUUUAUUGGUCACAUAUGUUUUGUGUUGUAUAUUGUAUUUGAAGCUAUAUAGUGAGUAUAGACAUUUUAUUGUAUUUAUUAGCCACUGUUGGCUCUAAAAUUGUCAGUAGAACAUAAUGAAAGGACAAUCAGAGAGAACAAAAAGAUGUUUAAUGAAUUGGAGCUUCAUUUUUCAGUAAAUUCACCAUUUCAUUAUAGAUUUUAUUGUAAAUACAACAUAGGAAAUAGAAUUAUAUUUUUGUUCAUAAGUACUUAGUGAAGUAUAAGUUAUGUAUUUGACUGUUAUUGUUUUCUUCCUUUUUUUACAUCAGUGUAUGUUGAUCCAUGUUCUUAAAACUGACAAGUCAUUGUACGUCAUGUAGAUGCUGAAUAUUUCUCCCGGUUGAAGAGAGCAGUAUUGGACGGUUGAGGAGAGCAGUAUUGGACGGUUGAGGAGAGCAGUAUUGGACGGAGCUGUAGCUGAGAUAGACAGACAGGCCCCUUCUUGCUAGCGUUUCAAUGACCUCCCUCAGACAAUUCAAGGAGCCAAUCAAAACCCAAGCUGCAUUCCUUAGCCUUGGACAUUAAGGACAAACGUUUUUUAAAUAAAUAACUCAAUUUUUAACUAAUUACAUGCACAGUCGGUACAAAUAAAGUACUCUGUAUCUUUCAUAGGGACAGUGCUAAAAUUCAUCUGAACAACAAGCCGUUAAGAUGUAUAUGUUUUUAUUAUACAACUUGCGUUUGCAAUCAUAACUCAAUCCUAGCGACAUACCUUAUCGCUUGUGUUUUGUGUUUUUCACAGCCCUCAGUGGUUAUACUGUUAUGUGUCAAAUUUGAACGGAGAGGUUGAUAGUAGUAUAAAUUAAUAGCUACAUUUUAAUUGCACAUCUGCAUGCAUUUGUUACAUUUAAAAUUAAAAUUAGACACAAGAGGAUUUUAUUCAUUGGCAAUUUUACACAAAUUAGAUUCUUGGGGAGCUGAAAUUGAAGGGAGUGUGCAAAUAUUUAUUAGUUGUAACGUGGCACAAUGCAGAGCCACUCGUGUGUAUUCUAGGCCUAUACUCUUUUUGUCCUUUUCUAUGUGUUGCUGACCUUUUUAAAGGUCGCCCAUCCAGCCAUCAGCAAAGUGUAGUCAGGACCUUUUCUAUGCGUUGCUGACCUUUUUAAAGGUCGCCCAUCCAGCCAUCAGCAAAGUGUAGUCUUGACCUUUUCUAUGUGUUGCUGACCUUUUUAAAGGUCGCCCAUCCAGCCAUCAGCAAAGUGUAGUCUUGACCUUUUCUAUGUGUUGCUGACCUUUUUAAAGGUAGCCCAUCCAGCCAUCAGCAAAGUGUAGUCAGGACCUUUUCUAUGCGUUGCUGACCUUUUUAAAGGUAGCCCAUCCAGCCAUCAGCAAAGUGUAGUCUUGACCUUUUCUAUGUGUUGCUGACCUUUUAAAGGUCGCCCAUCCAGCAAUCAGCAAAGUGUAGUCUUGACCUUUUCUAUGUGUUGCUGACCUUUUUAAAGGUAGCCCAUCCAGCCAUCAGCAAAGUGUAGUCUUGACCUUUUCUAUGCGUUGCUGACCUUUUUAAAGGUAGCCCAUCCAGCCAUCAGCAAAGUGUAGUCUUGACCUUUUCUAUGUGUUGCUGACCUUUUUAAAGGUCGCCCAUCCAGCCAUCAGCAAAGUGUAGUCUUGACCUUUUCUAUGUGUUGCUGACCUUUUUAAAGGUAGCCCAUCCAGCCAUCAGCAAAGUGUAGUCAUGACCUUUUCUAUGUGUUGCUGACCUUUUUAAAGGUCGCCCAUCCAGCCAUCAGCAAAGUGUAGUCAUGACCUUUCUAUUAAUCCAUCUGUCUCUCAGCCAUGUAAAUGCGAACAAGAUUCAACAACUGAAGACUAAGCUUGUAUGCUGUUUCAAUAACUUAACUUAACUGUAAUUAUUUUUUUCUGUCAUUGAACUUUGUGAUGUAUAUGGUGGGAAUGUUCUCUGUGUUAAUUUAAUUAGCACAAUUCACUGACAUGCUGGACUGACAUGCUAGCUGCUGUUCAGGAGUGUAACAUUUGCUGUUGGGGACAACUUAUACAGUUGUCAAUGGUACUUUGCUUUCUAGAUUUAUUUUUUGUCUCUCAAGCAACACUGUGUGUGGCUCUUCUGUCGCUGGGGCUGUUGCUGUUUUGAAACCGCUGGCAGACUGAUACAGUUUUCUGCGUAGAAAUCAAUUUCUUGGCAGGUACCUAGGCCCAUGGCAUGUAUUGUUAAGGGCGUAACUAGAGAAAAUUAAAUAGUGUCUGUUGCUGCUUUGAAAAAAGUUUUAAUUCUGAAAAUGUACAUAGUUUAUCAUAAUAUCUUGUACAGUCCAGUGUAAAGUUUUUAAUUGAACUUUAAAAAAAGGUUGCCAUCACAUUUGUGUUCACUUUCUUCUUCAUACAGUACAAAAGGACAGCUACUUGCUGAGGAUAUUAUUGUUAAAUUUAAAAAAGGAGAAGGUACUAAAAUAUUUUAUUUUGCUUGGCUUCAAAAUGUAAACCAGCAAGUCUUUGGUUUCCAUGUGCAGUAUUGACGUGAGGUAAACUUAAGGUGAAAUAAUUCUACAGUGGUAUGUAUUGGAGACCAGUCUCCUCUGUGUUGGUAGUAUUAAUACACUAUAUCAAAUAAAAUACACCAGAUGACUGACACAUUUGGGUGUAUCUAGGCACCUUAGUAAUGUGUGCAAAUAUCUAGGCUGUGUUCCCCACAGGAUGCAUUCAGGCAUAUUGUAAUGUAACAUCAUCUUUCUGUAUGUACUCAAUCCAUUGAUGUAACAAGGCAGGAGUGGGUUGUUUAACUGCCUGUUUAAGCUCAUUUACCUCAAGAGUUUCCUCCUUUUGCGUAAAAGAGUAAGAAAUUGUGUGACAAAGUCUCACCAUCACUCCCAUCUUUUGUACUGCUGUUGACACUUACAAAUUAAAGAGACAUUUUGUUUUAA